CUCGCUUCCUCCUCCAUCUCUACUCUGCUUUUUUCCCUCUUUUUUCUAUUAAUCUCUCUCUCUGCUUCUUCUUCUGGAACAAAACCCUAAUAAUUCUUCAUCGUUUUCUCUCUACUUUCUUCUUCAAUCAUCUGAUUUUCACUCUCUCGCAAUGCAUGAUCUUCGAUCUCAUACCUGAAAUUCAGAAGCUUUGUUUCCUCUGAGACUAAAUCGAAUAAUUAUAGAAUAAGGAGAAUGCUGGAAACUGUUGAUAGCUCAGGAAUUGUUAAUGGCGGAUUUCAUAAGAUACAGAGCUUCUGCGGAGAGAGCAGUAGCGAGGAGGAGUUAUCGGUUUUGCCACGUCAUACGAAAGUGGUGGUGACCGGAAAUAACCGAACCAAAUCGGUGCUUGUUGGUCUUCAAGGUGUUGUCAAAAAAGCUGUUGGUCUUGGUGGUUGGCAUUGGCUGGUGUUGACAAAUGGGAUAGAAGUAAAGUUGCAGAGGAAUGCACUCAGUGUCCUUGAAGCUCCUACUGGAAACGAAGAUGAUGAUGAUCUUGAUUUCGAAAACACACUGAGGAAUGGUUCUGAUAUGAUUGUUUCUUUUCCAGCUUCCGAGGACACACUGAAGCCUCACAAGUCUAAGCAAAGAGGGCCGAGAUCAGCUCGUUCAUCUCACAAGACCCUGAGCAGGUCUCUAUCAUCUGACUCCCAAUCUAAAAGCUCUGCUUUCACUCCCCCUCAAAACAUGAAGGUUGAUCUUAGCAAACUGGAAAUGCCUGCUUUACUGAAAUAUUGGCAACACUUCAACCUCGUGGAUGCAAUUCCAAAUCCAUCAAAGGAACAACUAAUUGACAUUGUUCAGAGACAUUUUAUGUCUCAGCAAAUGGAUGAGCUUCAAGUUAUCAUGGGAUUUGUACAAGCUGCAAAGAGAAUGAAGAGAACGUGCAAGUUGCAAUCAAAAGAAGCCAGAAACACUGAUCUUGACUGCAUCAGCUAAAAAGAAACAAGCCCUGACUUUUAUAACAGAUCAUGUAAGUACAGUAAUGCCAAACUUGUUUAACCAUUUGUGGCUUGCUGCAGCUAAUCUUUAGCUCGUUCUGGAGAUGUUUGGCUAAUGAGUAGAAUGUUGUUUCUUCCUGCUUCUGUUGUUUAGCCAUGUAAUUACCUCAUCAAACAAAAAAACCCUGAAACCAAAAAUCAUGACUCUCUAAAGCUCCCAAUUAAAAUUACUCUGUUCUGAUAUUUUAGUAUGUUACAAUGUAAAUAUGCUUUAUGUGACCUAUCUAUCUUACUCUUAUUUUUAUCUUAAAACGAUGGUAUCAUUAUUUUAU